ACAAAGGCUCAGACAAAAAAAGAAGAUAAUAGGCAUCUUGCACUGCUCCUGACAACUUCUCUUCUCUCCUGUACUUCUAACACUUCUGAUUCGUGCUCUCUGCUUUCUUGUUGCCAUGGAGAAGGUCCAACACAUAACUCGCUCCGCUCUGAGGAGAGCCUCAACUAUUGAGGUCAACCCACAAGCACGACAAAGGCUCCAAGAGCUCUUUGUCAAUUUCUGCCUCAUUCUGAUUUGCCUCUUGCUGAUCUGUAUCAUUGUGAUGCUUCUCUGAAGUUGUCCUCUCUGCGCUGUCCUCUAUGAAAGUCACCUCAGAGGGAAGAGAGACCUACACCUGCAACUCCCAAUGCAAGGAUCCUCUUGUGAGAAGGGCUAGCCCUUGGACUAGAGCUGUAUGCCAACCAUCGCACCAUCCUCUUACUACCUGUUACACGUAUUAUAAACACCUGAGCUGUGCACAACAGCGCUUAGAGCCUGUUGUUACAAAGCUGUGCAUGACCUAAUUUGUCUGUCUGAAUCCAGAGGGGGCUUUUUCUGAAUGGGGUAUAUAAAAACACUGGCUCUUCAUGGAGCUGGUAAGUUCCAAAAUGUUUUAGCUAUACUAUAAAGAGCAACUUCACUUUUGAGGAACCUAAUUCUUUUUAGGUUUCUUAGAAAAUUCUCAAGCCCUUGAAGCUUGGAGGGCUUCCAAAUUUGGCCAGGGUCUGCCCAGAGAAGAGCCACCAGGCACAUAGCCCUCAACCCAUCCUAGGAAAGUUUCUGCUCUGCUUACUUCAAGGUGCUGCAUCUCGACUGAAGGCAUUCAAAUUAUUUCAGUGUUAAGCUAAUACCAGAAUAAACUAAAAAUCUCUUCUAACCCUGACAUAAAAACUAUUUAAUGCUUUUCUCCCUAUUUAAGGGACCUGGUUUAUAUAUAUAGACACACACAUGCAUGAGUACACGUACACACAAAAAUGAAAAGGCAAAUUAACUCUCAGUAUUUUUCACUAGGUACAUCCUUACAGAACUGAGUGGCAUCAAGAAAGUUUUCCACUGUUUUGCAGAAAACAGGGUUGGUUUUCAAUAAUCUUCUUGUCUGUUUUGCCCUGUCCAGAUCAUUUACACAUACUUUAACUACAGCACACCAGCAAUCCUAAUAAAUUUCAUGACAGUGUAAUCAGAAAGUUCCCUACUUCUGUGAGCAGUAAUAAAAAUUCCAAACACAGCAUGCAGCUUGGAUUCAAGUUUUCAGUUCUGUUUCACUCCACCCAAGGCUACAUCACCUUGCUAAGUUCA